AUGUCUUCAAAAGUUGCAAAGGCAGGUAGAUAUGCGGCCAACUUUGAGAGGCUCGGAUACCGUGCCUCCGCAUUCCAGAACAUGUUUCAGAAGGGCCAGCUGCCGUUCCUGAGGGACGGGAGAGAACCUCUUCCAGAAGCAAAACAAAACCAAACCAUGGAGGACUGGAAGUUCGUUGUUGGUGACAGGGUACUGCUUACGUCCGGUCCAAACAAGGGCACAGUGACAAGCAUCCUCAGUUUGCAGAAGUCCAACAACUCGUACUUCUUGGAGCAUGGCCAGACGAAAAAGGCCUCGAUUCCGUUCCUUUUGUGGGAGCGCCAGCAGGAAUCAUACUUGGUUGACUAUCCAGUUCCUGUGACUGCUGACUCUUUCAAGCUUGUGACUACAAUAAAGGAGGAAGACGGAACCGAGAGGGAUGUUGCUGCUGACGACAUCGUUUACAGAGGGAAGUACUAUGACUCGGACUACAACAAGAUGCUGCCCUACAGAUGUAUAAAGAACCACGAGCAUAUCAUCAUUCCAUGGCCUCGCCCAGAUCCUAUCACGGAUGAUGGUCUUUGCACGCCGCAAGAAACCGUCCUGGAGAGAACGUUUUUCCCUGAUUCUCUGGUGAGCUGUGAUGUCUCCAAAGAGGCCUAUCUCAGUCUGAGAGAUCCACUCGCAAAGAGACCAUACAAGUGGGACCGCAAGGUGAUAACCAAGAGCGAUCUCAAGAGGCUGACUCCUCCAAAGAUGCCGUUCUCGGAGACCAAGAAGGCCUUCUUCAAGGAGAGAGCCGAUAUCAGGGCCAAGCAGAUCAAGGAAAUCAGCCCAGAAGUGGAAGAGUUUAUUGGAAAGAAGGUGGCUGAUUACUUCAGCAAGAUCCAGGAUCCAGACAUGCGCUACUACCUCAGCAAGAUGGCUGGCGAUCAGAAGAAGAAGGGGAAGAAGAGCGACAACUAG